AUGGUACGAAGCCGCACUACGUGGCUUGCUACCGCAGCUGCAGUGAUUCUUGUUUUCAAGACACAUCCUUUGCAUCUUCAACCUUGGACGAUUGCAGCCUGGAACCAGCACAGGAAAUCAAGCUACGCGCAAAAAGACUGUGUCUGGAUUUCGAAGCUGCUGAGACUGGGAUAUGCCAAGCGGGAAAUUGUGAACGCCUUGACUGACCUCAAGGUGAGCUACUCGCCAGCUGAGCUCCAGCGGUGGGCCUCUGGCUAUGACAUUGUUGCCAUUCAGGAAGCCGAUCCGUUGUUUUGCGAGGCUUUGGGUGCGUUGAACCAGUGCAUGGUGCGUGGACAGAACGAUUUCGACGGCCGGGGAAUGGAGGUGGAGUCCUGCUCAGCCCUGAUACUGCGAAAUGUGGAGUGCCUACGCCAGGAAAGUGCGACGCUAAGCUUCAAGCCUCGCCGUGGAGUGACUGUAUCUCGCGAGCAUUUUGCGGUUCUCGUGGAACGGCCGGACGGGGAACAGUUGGUCCUUUGCUCAGUACACCUGCACGUGGCGGACAUGAUCCGCCAGCGUAUGAAGCUCGUGGAAUACUUGGAGCCGCUGCGAGCAGCAUUGGAGUCUGCAGCUGGGCAGCGGGGCGAUGGGCUGUUGAGGACGCCGUGCGUCCUCCUCGGUGACUUCAACAUGGAUCCGGCUGCAUUCGAGGAGCUGUCUACUGAAGAUCCAUUUUGGAAGCAGUUUCGGCCUAUUGUGCCAGCUGGUGGUGCCACGGCGCACUGGUCGAAUCCAAGUGCUCAGGGCGACUUCGCCGUGGCCACGUCGGGCCGAUGGCGAGGCAAGGCACUGGGAAGUCCAAGCUUCGAAAGCUUCGAGCGCUAUGCUGCGCAAGUCUCUCAGGCCUUGAGCCAGCAAAUGCGUCUGAAGGAUAUGCAUCGGCGCUGCCGCGAGGUUCGAUCAGGCCUGCUGGAAGUGGAGAACUCCCUUUCUAACGCGGUGCAUGACGCCAUCCUGCUGCAAUCGGCUGGAGACAAGGAGCCGCUGCGCGCCGCUCGCCUGCAGCUGCUCCGCGCCGAGCGUUGCCUGGACCGGUCCCUGCGCCGCAGCGCGGCCCCGCUGCGCCGGACGCUGCUGAACUCGGACCACCGGCCCCUGCGCUUUGAGGGCGUGCUUUCCGAAGAGGUCGCCUGA